AUGCCAAACGUUGCUGUUGUAGAGCAGCUAGGCGCUCUGCAGUUGAACGAAAACCAAGCUCCAAUGGGAGAUGUUCCCUUGGCUGAAAAAUUGCCUAUCGGCCAGCCAGAUGGCACCACAGUGAAGAUUUCCACCAACAUGAGAGCAAUGAUUCUCAAAAAGAAUACGCCUGUAUUCAAAUAUGAUAUUAAAAUCAUCGCAUACUUCAAGAGGGAUGGUAGAGAAAUCGCCCGAGAGAUUUCGAGCUCUCAUGAAAAGGGACCAAAAAAGGAGAACGACAAGUCAGCAUGCUCAUCGAUCUACCGUUUGGCUUGUGACCAAUGUCCAGAGCUCAGCAAAGGUUUCUUUUUCUAUGACAGGCAAGCUCUGUUGUACUCGUUGAGUGAUUUCAAAAAAGAAGUCAUUGAAACAACAAUCGCGGGAAAGAAGAUUGAAGGAUUCCCGAAUUUCGUGAAAGCUGAGUUCAAGAUCACGAAUGUGGCCGAAUCCUUCCAAACAUCAUCUAACGAAAUCGGGAAGGCCGUGAAUAUUAGACCAGCUCGAGCAGAUGUCACUCUUCUCGAAUCUCUUAAUAUGAUGGCUUCGGGACACGCUCUGGAAAAUCCGAACGUCUUUACUAAAAACAAUUGUAUUCACUACUUGUCGCAUCCCGACAGGAACAUUGCCAUUGGGGAAGUCAGAGGACAAGGAAUGCAAGCUUCCUCGGUUGGAGCAACAAAAGCAGUUCGAGUUCUCCAAGGAAAAAACCCGACCCCAACUGCAUAUCUCAUCACUGAGUGUAAGUAUACGUCUGGAAAUUUAAUUGAUCAAUAUGAAACUUUUUCAGUGAAAACCACACUUUUCCACCCCAAUCACGCUCCGCUGCUAAAUGUUUUCCGUGAAAUCCGAGGAUUCGCUACAAACCUGACAGCUACUUCCGGGUGGGCUCGUGAACAUAUUCAAAACUACAAAGGCCUAUGUUGUUAUUUGGAUUACGGUAGCUCGGAAGGAUUAGAAAACGACCGAAAAAUGGUAAAAAUCCAUUCGUUUGGAGAAACAGCGAGGAACCAAAAGUUCGAAAAAUCGGAUGGUAAAGUGUCGUCAGUUUUUGACUACUUCAAAGGAAGAUACGAGAAGAUUCUCAAAUUUCCGGACCUCUUCACCGUAGUGGUAAUGGGAGCAAGAGGAGGGCGAUUGAUUCCUGUUGAAUUGUUGACUUUCUGUGAUAAGCAGAUAGUCAAAACACAACAGAUGGAGGCGAAAGUACAAGCUGACCUAAUAAAGAUGUCAGCCUCUAAACCUCAGGACAGGAAAAAAAUCACCAACCAGGUUGCUGACUCGAUUGGUCUGGGCAAUGGAGAUGGGCAUUUCUUCACGCUGUCUCCCCCAGAAGUGGUCGAAGGACGGGUUCUACCAAAACCAGUCAUUCUGGGUGGCGGAAUCAAGCCUAACGAGAAGAAGAGCUGUUUCUGGAAUACAAAACCAGAAGGACCGUCAACGGAUUUCUCGAUUCAACAUUUCUCUGAUGGAAAAUCACUAAGCACGUGGGACGUCGUAUUCCAUGAAAGCGAGCCGUUGGAAAGCGCCGUUCAUCAUCUUAUUGGCACAAUGACACAAAUGGGAAUGAAGGUCAAUGCUCCCAACUUUGUCUUCAUCAAGAACAAUGAUCUGCGGACAAUCUUCGACAACGCUAAGAAGAGAAAUGUGGAACUCCUCAUGUUCAUCACCAAAUCGAAUCGGGAAUAUCAUAAGGAGAUCAAAGUUUUGGAGCACGAGUUUGAUAUUCGAACACAGGACAUUCGAUUCGAAACGGCUUUGAAGUUUGAAAGGCAGCAAAAUACGAGAAGGAAUCUCGUUAAUAAAAUCAAUGUGAAACUGGGAGGCAUCAAUUAUGAAGUCGAAAGCCCAACCUUCACCAAGGAUAGAAUAAUAAUUGGAUUGGAAACAUCCCAGAAUUCCACAAUGGGGGAUGGUCUCAUUUGUGUUGGAUUCAGUGCCAAUAUGAUGGCGAAGGAAACUCAAUUUUGCGGUGGCUACAUGUUCACCCAGAGAAGUAACGAUAUCUAUGGGUCUGUCCUGAAAGAUAUUGUUCGUGACGUCAUCAAGCAGACUUGCACACAUCCUUGCCGUGUCCAAAACAAACCGCAGGAAUUGUUCUUUUUUCUCAGUGGAAUUACUGAAGGUCAAUAUUCACUGAUCAACGAGAGGUACUCGAAUCUGAUCAGAGAGGGAUGGUUUGCGGCCGUUUCGGGUGGAAAACCAAUCAGUUUUGUACCAGCCAUCACCAUCGUUGCCGUUUCCAAGAUUCAUAACACACGGCGAUAUCUGGAAGGAACGGCGUUCACCUAUGCAUUGUGCUAUAAUCAUCAGAUUAUAUAUUCCCCGAUCAGCCAUCCAGUGCCAUUGUAUAUGGCCGGAGACAUGAGUGAGCGUGGAUCUAAUAUCCUUGGUUUCCACCGAGCUAACUACAAAAAUGAGGAGUUGGAUCUUGCUCGAAUCAAUGCGGAAUUGAGUUAUUCAAAUAGAAAGCUGUUUGGAACCCGUUUCAACGCAUAA